AGCGCAAAAAGGUCAUUUUCUUCCCGUUUCUAUUUUUCUCUUUCUUCCUUCCUUCCAAUCACCAACCACCCCUCGACCUCGGUCCUGCGUCUCAGCCACCAAAACGGCCUUAAAAAGCCAUCCUCCCUUGCUGUGUCCUGCUAGCCCCAGGGUCGCGUGGUCCAAACAUGUAAUCUGUCUUUAUAUCCUUUGCAUUUGCACUAUGCUGCAACGCCCGUCCCAUCCCCCAACACCGCAGUCAUGUCGUCGUCCGACAUUUCGAGUGCCGCCCACGCGGUGUCAGAGAGCUUGUCGGCAACAAUGAAUGCAUCUCCCGAUGCUGCCCUGCCGUCUGCCUUUACGCGCGCGCAGGAGGUCGUCGCGGCUCAGGGAUCGUCCAGCUGGCUCGGCCUGUUUGGCCGCUUGAUCCUCGCCAUCCUGUCCCUGGUCUCCUCGAUCUUGUACUGGGCCAUACGGAUCGUCACAAUCACGAUCCCGACUGUCCUCUUCACAUUGUUCUCAACAAGCUGGACCGUGACGAUGAACGCCACUACCUUGAUGGUCAUUGUGGUAGCCAUCAUAUCUGCGGUCAGUUGGGUCGUGCGAUACCGCAUUCUCAACAUGUACUCUCGCCUCCCCCCAGAGCCGCAGAGAAAGGAGCCCGAUGUGGACCUGUUCCCCGACACACACGAUGAGGGCAAGAAGUCUGGCCUGUCAAGCUACCUGGACGAGUUCCUGAGCGCCAUCAAGAUCUUCGGUUACCUGGAGCGACAGGUCUUCCACGAAUUGACGAGGAGCAUGCAGACUCGCAAGCUCAUCGCUGGCGAGACCUUCAAUCUCGAAGAGGAAAAGGGCUUUUGCAUUGUUGUCGACGGCUUGGUGGAGAUAUUUGUCAAAUCUGGCCGAAUUGCCAGAGCCAUGGAUACAGACCCAUGCGACAGCUAUGGUGCCGAUUCUGCCGAUGUCGGGGAAGAGGAAGAUAUGUCUUCGCCACAUGGGCAGCAGCGGUACCAGCUUCUUACUGAAGUUCGCAACGGUGCUCCGAUGUCAUCUCUCUUCUCCAUCAUGUCUCUUUUCACAGAGGAUGUGAAGCUUCGGUCGACAGAUGACGAUACACCUGAGUCCACCACUGGCAGCGCAGGCUUGAGAACAUCCCCUUUCCCACGCAAUGCUGGUUUCCGCCGCAUGCCCUCUGACCCCGUCAGCCCGUUUCCUGCCACUCCUGAAUUUCCUGAGAGCACGGAAGAGAGGCCUGGUGUGCGGAUCGAGGAACCUCCGAGACGGGCGGCUACGCCCAACCUUCCUGGCAGCGCGAGGAUUCCGCCCAUUUCUCUUGACAGCGCCGGGGGCGCUCGUCAAGCCAGACGUCCUACGCUUCAAAGUCGAGCGACGUCAGGCUCAGCUCACCCAGACAUAAUUGCCAGAGCGACUGUCGACACAACCAUCGCCAUUAUCCCGGCCAGCGCCUUUCGUCGUCUGACCAAGGUCUAUCCCAAGGCGACGUCCCACAUCGUUCAGGUCAUUCUUUCUCGCUUCCAGAGAGUGACGCUGGCUACAGCUUACAACUACCUGGGGCUCACUGGCGAGGUUCUUCAAACUGAAAAGAACAUGCUUUCUUUUACCACCUGCCAGUUGCCCAACAUGCUCCGGGGUGAUGCUUUACAGCGCCUGAAGGAGAAGUUUGAUCGAGAACGAGAGAGGGUUGGUGGCGAAUCAGAAAGCAAGGGCAUUGCGCUUCACAAUGCGAACGCCCAUCGUCGUCGCAAGUCAACAUCAACUCUCCGCAAGGAUGCGAUGAUACACUCCAUGGCCACCAAGGAAAGAUCAUUUUCCCAGGUUGCAACCACAAUCGCGCCGCCACGGGAGCGAGCCUCUACGCACACACCGAGCCCUGGCGAUCUUCUGGCCAAUAUUCAAUCCGCCCGAUACGGCGGUCAUCGGCCAUCGGGUGCGAGCAGUGUACACCUUGACCAAGUCGCCGAUGCCCUUCGCCACGAGGGCGUCAGCCCUCUUGCCCAGCGCUCGUUCAACCCCUUCACGACCGAGCGACACUCUCGGGUAUCAGUCGACGGCAGAGAGUCGUUGGAUGAGGACAAUCUUUUUCGACAGUCGAUUCUUGAAUGUAUGUUCAAGGCGAUCGGUCUUAGCAGCAACGGCAGUGUGUCACGCGAAGCCGAAUCUGUCGAAGGCUCUCCUCGGCUCUUUUCUUACGACCAAAGACGACCCAGACAAGGUUUGGGCAACAACGCGUUUGGUCUCAUGGGCCCGUUUGACGCCUCUGGCGAUGGCGAUACGGAGUCGAUGACCUCUGGAGGGUUUACUCUGAACACACCGCCCAAUGCCCACAUCCUCGCAAAUGACAUGAAGGACGACGUUGAGAUUGUCUUCUUUCCCAAAGGAUCCGUUCUGGUUGAGCAAGGCGAGCGCAACCCUGGCCUCUACUAUGUUGUCGAUGGAUUCCUUGACAUCUGCACUUCCAAGGAGGACACAUCGGCGGACAUUCUACAAUCUUCGAGCAGAACAUCACUGCACGCGGAUUACACGGGUGUGGAUGGCUCCCCCGGAUUUUCAGACAACGCGGACUCGAAGAAGAAGACGCCGUACCGUCGCAGUGUGUCACUCAUCAAGCCUGGCGGUUUAGCUGGAUACGUUGGCACCGUAUCGUCAUAUCGAUCCUUCAUUGACGUGGUUGCGAAGACGGAUGUCUACGUCGGAUUCCUUCCACGGUCGGCUCUUGAGCGGAUUGUCGAUCGCUACCCCAUCGUCUUACUCACAAUGGCCAAGAGACUCACCAGUCUUCUUCCGCGUUUGAUCAUGCACAUCGACUUUGCUCUCGACUGGGAGCAGGUCGAUGCUGGACAGGUGCUUUUCCAUGAAGGCGAGGAGAGCGAGGCCAUCCACAUUGUCCUCAACGGCCGGUUGCGUCUCGUUCAAGACAGGAAGGAUGGUGGUGUCAGUGUCCGAGCCGAGUUCGGUCAAGGCGAAAGCGUUGGCGAGCUGGAGGUCUUGACGGAGUCAGUCAGACCCGGUACGCUUCAUGCCAUUCGGCAAACCGAGCUGGUUAAGUUCCCGCGCACGCUCUUCAACAGCCUUGCUCAAGAACAUCCAAAUAUCACCAUCAAGAUUUCCAAGAUCAUUGCGUCGCGCAUGAGGAACCUUGUUGACGACCCCUCGCAACUCCUUUCCAAGGAGGCAGGCAACACCAACACAAUCACCAAGGGUUCUUCGUCUCUCAACCUGAGGACUGUCGCUAUCUUGCCCGUAACCUCUGGUGUUCCCGUGGUGGAGUUUGGCAACCGACUUAUGAAUGCUCUGGCUCAGGUCGGCCCUGCAAACGGUGCCACCUCUCUCAACCAGUCGGCAAUUCUUAAUCACCUUGGCAAACAUGCCUUCAACAAGAUGGGCAAGCUCAAGCUUUCCCAGUACUUGGCCGACUUGGAGGAGAAAUACGGGCUGGUUGUUUACGUCGCAGAUACCAAUGUCAACUCUCCAUGGACUCAGACGUGCAUCACGCAAGCUGACUGUAUCCUCCUUGUGGGUCUGGCCGAGGGCUCUCCCGAGAUUGGCGAGUACGAGCGCUUCAUGCUGGGGAUGAAGUCGACAGCGAGGAAGCUCCUUGUCCUUCUCCAUCCUGAGCGGUACUCCCAGUCUGGCUUGACCAGGGCGUGGCUGAGGAAUCGCAUGUGGAUCAAUGGCGGUCACUACCAUGUUCAAAUGCCUCUUGGACCGAACAUCUUACCUGUGCAUCCGCCUUCCAAAAGGACGAGCACUACGUUGAAGGAGCGGGUUCAGAUAAUUCAGGCGGAGAUCCAGAAGUACACGUCAAGGAAGACUCGACACAGCGCCUUCUACUCCCCAGAUGCACCAUACAAGGGCGAUUUCCACCGCCUGGCCAGACGACUCUGUGGCAAGUCUAUUGGACUGGUUCUUGGUGGAGGCGGAGCCCGAGGUUUCACGCAAAUCGGCAUCAUUCAAGCCAUGGAGGAAUCGGGCAUCCCCAUUGAUGUCGUCGGUGGAACAUCGAUCGGAGCCUUCAUCGGUGCUCUCUAUGCCCGCCACGCCGAUGUUGUCCCGAUCUUUGGUCUCGCCAAGAAGUUCGCAGGCCGCAUGUCCAGCAUGUGGCGUUUGGCGCUGGACCUCACGUACCCAACCGCGUCGUACACCACUGGGCAUGAGUUCAAUCGCGGUAUUUUUAAGACGUUCGGCAAGGCUCAGAUCGAAGAUUUCUGGCUCGAGUUCUACUGCAACACAACGAACAUCAGCAAGAGUCGAAUCGAAUACCAUACUAGUGGUUACGCAUGGAGGUACAUCAGAGCAUCCAUGUCACUAGCCGGCCUACUCCCACCAUUGUGCGACGAAGGCAGCAUGCUCCUGGACGGUGGCUACAUUGACAACCUGACUGUGUCGCACAUGAAGAGACUGGGAGUGGACACAAUCUUCUCGAUCGAUGUCGGUUCCCUGGACGAUGACACACCGCAGACCUACGGCGAUUCGCUGUCGGGAGUGUGGGCCUUCUGGAACCGGUGGAACCCAUUCUCAGUAACGCCCAAUCCUCCAACGCUGGCGGAGAUACAGGCUAGACUUGCCUACGUGUCUAGCGUCGACGCCCUGGAAAGGGCUAAGAUGAUGCCGGGCUGUUUUUAUAUGCGACCUCCGAUUGACGACUAUGGCACGCUCGAUUUUGGCAAAUUUGACGAGCUGUACCAGAUGGGAUACAAGUAUGGGCAGGACUUCCUGCAGAAGCUUCGAGAUGAUGGUGCGCUGCCUUUUAUGGAAGAAACCGAGGCCAAGAAGGCGAUGCGGAGGACCAUGGCGCCCAGAAGGGCAAGCAUCUAGUAGAUUUCCACUCCUUAGACCAAGAGUGUUGAAUAAUACCACGACCGCAUUGUUGUUUGCUG